UGCGCUCUUUGUUGGGGGCGUUAAUUGGAGAAAGGCUUCUCCGUGUCGAAUACGCUAGACUGCAGACCGUCUCUGUAUAUUAUAUACUCCUGCUAGCUCGUUUUUCGACAGAGAAUCAACAUGUCGGACAUGGACGAAGACUUUAUGUACGAUCAGGACGAUGACUAUGGUCUGGAGUUUGCCAGCGAGUCGGAGGAGAGUGAGACUGAUGUGAACAUUGAGAACGAGUACUACCAGGCCAAGGCCGCAAAGGAGGACAACCCACAAGCUGCCAUCUCUGGAUUUGAGAGGGUUCUGGAGUUGGAGGACAGGAAGGGGGAAUGGGGGUUCAAGGCUCUCAAACAGAUGAUGAAGAUACUCUUCAGAAAGGGAGAUUUUGAGGAGAUGAAAAAGAAGUACAAGCAACUGCUGACAUAUAUCAAGGACGCAGUGACCAGGAAUUACUCAGAGAAGUCUCUCAACUCUAUUCUGGACUAUGUCUCCACAUCACAGCAGAGUGAGCUCCUCCAGUGGUUCUAUGAGACUACUCUGGAGGCACUACAGGAUGCCCGCAAUGACCGGCUCUGGUUCAAGACUAACACCAAGCUGGGGAAGCUAUGUUUCGAGCAGGGUGACUACGCGAGGCUGACUCGUAUCAUUCGACAGCUCCACCAGUCCUGCCAGACCGAGGAUGGAGUCGACGACGUCAAGAAAGGGACUCAACUACUGGAGGUGUAUGCCCUUGAGAUUCAGAUGUACACAGAGCAGAAGAACAACAAGAAACUGAAGGCCCUGUACGCCCAGUCUCUGCACAUCAAAUCCGCCAUCCCCCACCCCCUCAUUAUGGGUGUCAUCAGAGGUAAUGUGUCUGCUGCUCACAAGUAGUAUGAGAGUGUGUUCAUGUGGAUUAUGCAAUGGAACAAGAGCUACGUACUGAGAAACUGCAUGUUGAAAAGGCCGAUGAGGGGUUGACGUGUGUCUUGAAACGAUCCUGUACGUCACUGGGUGUGUUACAGAGUGUGGUGGUAAGAUGCACCUGAGAGAGGGGGAGUUCAGCAGAGCUCACACUGACUUCUUUGAGGCCUUCAAGAACUAUGAUGAGUCUGGCAGUCCCAGGCGUUUGGCAUGUCUGAAAUACUUGGUUCUGGCAAACAUGCUGAUGAAAUCGGGAAUCAAUCCAUUUGACUCACAAGAAGCCAAGCCCUACAAGAACAACCCGGAGAUCCUGGCCAUGACCAACCUGGUGCAGGCCUACCAGAACGAUGACAUCACUGAGUUUGAGAAGAUCCUGAAAACAAACAGAAGAACUAUAAUGGAGGACCCCUUCAUUAGGGAGCAUAUUGAGGAGUUGCUGCGGAACAUCCGUACUCAGGUCCUCAUCAAACUGAUCCGUCCCUACACCAGAGUUCGCAUCACCUUUAUUGCACAGGAGCUGAACAUUGAUGCCGAGGAGGUGGAGACUCUAAUGGUGUCUUGCAUCCUGGACAACACCAUCCACGGCCGUAUUGACCAAGUACAGCAGAUACUGGAGGUGGACCAUGAGCCACAGGGCAGCUCCAGAUAUGCAGCUCUGGAGAAAUGGACUGGUCACCUUCACACGCUUCACACUAGUCUCAUUGGACGUGUAGUUUGAUCACUGUAUAAUGUAGUAUGUACGUGCAAAUUAUUACAAAUUCCGCCCAACGCUCUGUUCCGUCUCCUAUGUAUGCUGUUCUUGCUUGUGAUGAACCCCCUCCUUGUCACUGUCUCACUAAUACUUUUAUCCUCUCCACAUUAUAUAUAACCAC